ACAUGAACAUUCGCUGUGCAAAGCCCGAGGACCUGAUGACCAUGCAGCACUGUAACCUGCUCUGUCUGCCCGAGAACUAUCAGAUGAAGUACUACUUCUACCACGGCCUCACCUGGCCACAGCUGAGCUACGUGGCCGAGGACGACAAGGGAGGCAUUGUGGGCUAUGUUCUGGCCAAAAUGGAGGAGCCCGAGCCGAACGAGGAGAGCCGCCACGGCCACAUCACUUCGCUGGCCGUCAAGCGCUCCUACCGUCGCCUGGGCCUCGCCCAGAAGCUCAUGAACCAGGCCUCCCAGGCCAUGGUCGAAUGCUUCAACGCCCAGUACGUCUCGCUGCAUGUGCGCAAGAGCAACCGAGCCGCGCUCAACCUUUACACCAACUCACUGAAGUUCAAGAUCAUCGAGGUGGAGCCCAAGUACUAUGCGGACGGGGAGGACGCCUAUGCCAUGCGUCGCGACCUCAGCGAAUUUGCGGAGGACGAUGACGACAAGCCCAACACCAAGGAUGGGGCCAACGACGAGACGACUGGCGUUGACAAAACCCACCUGAAAGCCAUCGGCUCUGGAGGCCACAACCAUCACGGCGGCCACGAUGGUCAUUGUGGCUGAAGAACGUGCGGCUGCUGAGUUUCGAAGUUUUUUUUUGCAUUUUUGUGCAUUAGGUUUUUGUAAUAAUUGUAGCACACUACACACACAUAAAACGUAACUAAAAUUUAACAAAGAUAAUGACAAAGAA